AUGCCUGACAAGAUUGUAUUGUACUCCCCCGAAUACUACGCAGCAUGUACCUUAGGUGGUAUGCUUGCUUGUGGACCCACACAUUCAUUAGUCACUCCUCUUGAUCUUGUCAAAUGUAGGAGACAAGUCGAUCCGAAACUUUACACUUCCAACAUUCAAGGCUGGAAGACAAUUCUUAGAACUUCUGGAGAUUCUAUUUGGACUGGUGUAGGGGCCACAUUCAUUGGAUAUACACUUCAAGGGGCAGGUAAGUAUGGGUUCUAUGAAUACUUUAAAAAGACAUAUAGUGAUCUUGUGGGUCCUGAGAAGGCUUCGCAGUAUCGGACAGGAGUUUAUUUGGCCGCAAGUGCAUCGGCCGAGUUUCUUGCCGAUAUUAUGUUAUGUCCAUUUGAAACCAUUAAAGUGAAAACCCAAACAACUAUUCCACCAUAUGCCACAUCUGCAUUAGAUGGCUGGAAGAAGAUUACAGCCCAAGAAGGAAUUGGUGGGUUAUAUAAAGGUUUAGUCCCUUUAUGGGCGAGACAAAUCCCUUACACAAUGGUUAAGUUUGCAACUUUUGAAAGAGUCGUUGAAGGUAUCUAUAGUUACUUGGGUCGUCCAUACAAGUCGUAUUCAAAACUUGAAAAGACUGGAAUCUCUUUCUUAGGUGGUUAUAUUGCAGGUAUUUUUUGCGCCAUUGUUUCUCACCCAGCUGAUGUUAUGGUCUCAAAGGUCACAAGCGAAAAGUCAGCUACUGAAAGUAUAGGUGCCGCAGUAGGCAGAAUCUAUAACCGUAUUGGCUUUGUAGGUUUGUGGAACGGGUUACCAGUAAGAAUUGUCAUGAUUGGUACUUUGACAGGCUGUCAAUGGUUAAUUUAUGACUCCUUCAAGGUUUACGUAGGCUUGCCUACAACUGGUGGCCACUAA